AUGUCCGAGAUCAACAGCCCGUUCAAGUCGCACCCUCGUACCUUCGGUGUCGCGGACAUGAUGGUGGCGGGCUGCUGGGGGAGCUGGCUGUGUGACGUCGAAGCAGAAUAUCGUGGGCCCUACUGCACGGUUCCUGAAGAACCGAGAACACCGAGGGAGAUGGAAGAGGAGGAGGGGCUCAACAGGAUCGAAUGA